GCGUCCUUUAGUGUAGUAAAGGUAGUAUGCGCUGCUAAGAUUGUAGCCUAGGCGCAUACGCCAGGCUCCCCCACCAAAAAUCGAUUGCGCAUGCGCUGCUGUAACAUGCGCAGGUGCGCCGGUGAAACACUACCUACCGAGAACAUGGCCAACCGAGAAUUCGAAUUGGGAAAUGUAUUGACCUUCCUCACCCUAAGGGACGCGCCCGCCACAGAGUCUCAGCCGAGAAAACUCAGUCUAAAGCCUAUGAAUUCCUCACACGCUUUUACCGUAUUCUCGGUCCAGGAUAUAAGUACUUGUCAUCUUUGUACUAUCACGUGAUAUCAACAUGCGCGGGGGGGCUGUAUGUUAGAUUAGCAAGACAAUGGUAACGUUCUCAAUGUCUUUUGAAGCACUAGGAGAUUGCAUACUUUUCUUUAUUUGAAUGAGUGUGGCACCUGUACUUGAGUAUCAAGUCUCGAGUCAUGUCCAAUCCCUCAAGCCUCAGGCAUACGCUGAGACACUCCACUUUUCAAUGCUUUCACCCUCCACAAUGGAUUAUCUCCAGCUUUACAGAUAAUCGCAUCCUCUAAAUGGAGACAUCAGGCCAACGACCUGCUCGGAAACCAGGAGCGCGCGCUCCACUGGCUUGUGUCAGUUGUCGGUAUUGGCCCUCUUACUCGCCGUGUUCUGGCCUCGCGGAUAUCCCGUUGACUCGGCAGUACAGGAAACGUAAGACCAAAUGCUCUGGCGAUUGGCCUUCUUGUAGAGCAUGCAGACAGAGGUCACAAAUAUGCCAUUAUGCGGGCAACAAUCCCCAGGCUGUUAUGCAGCGGCAGCUCCUUUCGAGGCCAGACACGCCAAAAGCCGGAAAUGAUGAUGACCUCUUGCUCCAACUUCCAAGUCGAGAAAUUGUGUUUGACGCGUUCAAAUUGUACUUCGAAUACUAUGGAGAUUCAAUUUUUUGCUUCCUCAAGGAACAUGUACUGAUGAACGAUCUCGAACAUGGGAAAGUCGCUUUGAAACUUCAAUUCUGUAUUCUUGCUCUCAUGGCAAGGUUCAUCGAACCCUGCUUUACUAUCUAUAACGGCACGAUCGAAGCUAGCGAGCACUUUGCAGCUCUUGCCCGGGCUUCCAUGAUUAACACUUUUGACGAGAUCAGUUUGCUUAAUAUGCAAUGCAACUUGAUCCUGUGUGUACACUGGACAGGUCACGGCGAUGAGCACCGAGCAUGGUUCCAACUCGGAGUUGCAACUAGGAUCGCACAGUCCAUGAGGUUACCUUUCGAAGAUUCAUUCGCUCAGGAUGAUCUAGCAACGACCGAGAUCAAGCGACGAACUUUUUGGACAUGUUUUACUCUGGAUCGUCUCAUGGCCAAUGGUGGGGACAGAAGAUUAACUUUUGAUAUCUCAUCAAUAACAACCAGACUUCCGAGUACAAGAUCUGACUUCCUUCUUGGGCGGAAAACAUCUGCCAGUGCCAUAAAUGACAGAAUUGGAACCGAUGAACCUCUUCUGGCAUAUACAAUUCGAAUUAUUGAUAUUUUAGGAAAAGUAGUGGAUUGGUCCGGUGCCGGUGGGAGACAUAAUGAGAAUCGUGUCCCAUGGAAUCCAGAAAUGCCCAUCUCUCAAUUCGCAAAAGCUCUGGAUACAUGGGAAAAGGCACUCCCAAGCCACAUGUGCUUUAACGAAGCAAAUCAGGAAGCACAUAUUGCAGUUGGUGAAGGCAAGUCGUUUUGCACAAUGCAUAUGCUUUUCUACAAUGCACGGGGCCAUCUCUACAGGGAAUACAUCCCGGUCGUCAUACCUCCUGGAUGGGAUCCGGGAACGGGACCUUGUGACGGUCCAGAUUUAGAAUUGCAUAGCCCAAAUCCGAACUGGUGGGUUUGUGCUAUAAGAAAUGGAGUCUCGUCCGCAGUGGCGAUUUCAACUAUUUACAAAUCCAUGGCUACAGCAGACCUCAUGCCUUUGGUCAACCCAUUUUUAGGCUAUUGUUUGAUGACAUCCAGCACUUUUCACAUUUGGUGUUGUCUCAACGACUGGAAGAGCUGCGAGGGUUUGCUGAUGGGGGAGCCUGUCAAGAAGAUCUUGAUCGACGACCUUCGACAUCUUAUUCAAUGUCAAGAAAGCUGGCCAGUGGCAGCUUACUGGGUCAAAGCGCUUCGCAUCGAUUUUGAACAGAAUAGUCUAGUCAGCGGAAAUAAUACACUCCCAAACCCCGGGGCCAAAGCACUGGUCGACAUCCGCUCGAAACUCUUACAUUUUGGGCAGUCGGUUGAAGAGCCAGAAGCAUGGAAAGGCUAUUCACCCACCCAUGGCCACGACAUGUUUGAUGUAUUCGCGGGAAAAGUCUCAACUCAAGAAGUCGAGGUACAAGAGACGAAUAUCAUGGAGCAAUUCCUCACCUCUGACGACGUCUUACUAAACGAGCUCUUGGGAAUGGGGUACACCUAUUCCGAUUCUACUGGAAAUUACAUGGAAUGA